GAUGGUCAAGUAUCUCCAAAGAAAAACUAUGCAGCAGGGAAAAAAUUUAGUACGACAGGUAAAAUACUGUCGCCAGCUUGUAGAACGAAUAAUAAUUGAGCUGUCAUCUGAUAUGGGUGAUUCCAGUUAUAUGGACUAAAUUUUGAUCAAGGCAAGAAGAAUGAAAUCCAACACCACAGCUAGAAAGAGCGUCUUAGAAUGAGUAAAACUGCAAAGAUUGGUUGCUAAAUGUUGUAAAAUGUAGCUACUGUACAUUUCGACUUAUGGCACAUUAACAUGGACGAAACUUAUGCCAAGCUAGUUAUAGAGCGUAUUAUAUAACUUCGUAUGGCAUUUCUGAAGCAUUUUUUAAACCCCUGUUUUUCACCCUCGAAGUACGAAUCGCUCCGAAAAUUGUGAACACAAAAUAAGUUAAAUUAUUUUAAUUUUGUCAUGUUUUCAGAGCAAAAAAGAAGUUCUGCUGGUAAUGAGAACAGAAAAAGUUUUAAAAAGAAAAAUAAGGUCGAACUAACUUUUCCCAUCUUAUUACACACUACUAACAUAUUUGUAAAUUUAGCGGGUUUUGUUGAUUUACGAUCUAAGCCAAACCUGAGAGUUGAGAAGCGAGAGUUUACAUGAGAGUUUUCUCAACUUUCAUUGCUUGAUCAAACGAGAACAAGAGUUGCAUGAGAGUUGACAAGCGAGAGUUUACAUGAGAGUUUUCUCAACUUUCAUUGCUUGAUCAAACGAGAACAAGAGUUGCAUGAGAGUUGACAAGCGAGAGUUUACAUGAGAGUUUUCUCAAAUUUCAUUGCUUGAUCAAACGAGAACAAGAGUUGCAUGAGAGUUGAGAAGCGAGAGUUUACAUGAGAGUUUUCUCAACUUUCAUUGCUUGAUCAAACGAGAACAAGAGUUGCAUGAGAGUUGACAAGCGAGAGUUUACAUGAGAGUUUUCUCAACUUUCAUUGCUUGAUCAAACGAGAACAAGAGUUGCAUGAGAGUUGACAAGCGAGAGUUUACAUGAGAGUUUUCUCAACUUUCAUUGCUUGAUCAAACGAGAACAAGAGUUGCACGAGAGUUGACAAACGAGAGUUUACAUGAGAGUUUUCUCAACUUUCAUUGCUUUAUCAAACGAGAACAAGAGUUGCAUGAGAGUUGAUAAGCGAGAGUUUACAUGAGAGUUUUCUCAACUUGAUCGGGUCUUUUACAAAAAGAAUUUGUUUGCUCUUUAGGAAUGUUUUGGCACACCUCUGGAUGAUGUUAAAAUGCCAGAUUUCGACUUUCAGGUAACUAUUUGACAGUCAACUUAAUCUUGUAGUUUUGGAAACUUUUUUCUUGUUUUCUUCCUGUAUGAGAUGGAAGCAAUCGUCUUAGAGAUAAAGAUUUAUUCUUGUCAUUUAGAAAAAUCUCAAGCUCUUUGAUAAGGAAGCUAUUUUCGAAGAAUUGAGGGUAAGCCAGAAUCUAUCAGCAGUUCUUUUCACAUGUCAGAAAGGAUAGAAAUUAACUUGUGGGGCAGGAGAUGUACACCCCUAUUAGCUUUGCCAAUAGGGGUUGCCAAUUUCCUUAUCAAAUUUCAUUUGUCUUGUAUAGGGCAGUAAAUCCGCGCCAUCAGCGGAGAAACCGCAAAGCAGUGACAGAAAAUUACGUCACGACGAGAAUGUUUUGGAACAAGAGCAAGAACCUGUGAAUUUGAGACAAAGUAAGCUUCAUAUAUAUUGCAGGGAA